AUGUCCACGAACUUGAAUGAACAGCUGGACAAGGACUUAAGAACAUGCCAGUGGUUCAGCGUCCAAUGUGACGAGUCUGUGGACAGCAGCAGCACAGCUCAAUUAAUGGUGUUUAUUCGGAUGGUAUUUGAGGAUUUCUCCGCUAAAGAAGAGCUCCUCACGCUCAUACCACUGAGGACAACUACGCGAGGAGUGGACAUUUACAACGCGAUGAAAACUUUUUUUGUGGAGAAAAAAGUGCCGCUGGAGAAGCUCGUGUCAGUAACUACCGAUGGUGCACCGGCGAUGGUAGGAUGUCAUGUGGGCUUCAUAGCGCUUUGCAAGAAUGACCCAGACUUUCCACCUUUCCUACACUACCACUGUAUCAUCCACCAGCAGUCGCUAUGCGCGAAAGUGACCGGGUUUGACCACGUAAUGACCCCCGUUAUCAAAAUCAUCAAUAGCAUUCGCGCUAAAGCCAAACAACACAGGACAUUUAAGUUUCUGUUGGAGGAGCUUUCCGCGGAAUAUGGGGACUUGUUGCUGCAUACAGAAAUCCGAUGGCUCAGCAGAGGGCGGAUUUUGAAACGCUUCCUGGCACUUUUGGGUGAAAUAAAGGAGUUUAUGCAGAGCAGAGAAGAGGACACCUCACUCUUGGACAAUACUGAGUGGUUGCUUGACCUUUCCUUUUUAACAGACAUAUCACAGAAAAACUGA